CGCGCUGGACGCCGCCUGAGCAGACGUGCGCUCGUGAGCACCUCGCAGAUCGGCUCGACAAUGGCCGGACGAGCGAGCGUGGCUGACGUGCCCAACGACAUCCACGACGAGUACGAGGUCGGCGAGACGCUCGGCACCGGCCACUUCUCCAAAGUCAAGCUGGGGAUCCACAAGAUCACCCGAGAGAGGGUCGCGAUCAAGAUCAUCCAGAAGCCGGCCGAGUCCAAGAUGGGCAUGCUCAAGGCGGAGGUUGACAUCCUGACCAAGUGCGAUCAUCCCAACAUUGUCAGACUGUACAAGGUCGUCGACACGGAGAAGGUCCUGUACCUCGUGAUGGAGGAGCUCAAGGGCGGCGAGCUCUUCGACCGGAUCAUUGCCAAGAACCACUACACCGAGGCGGAGGCGCGCAAGCUGACCAUCACGAUGCUCAAGGCGAUCAAGUACCUGCACGAGCAGGGCGUGGCGCACCGCGACCUCAAGCCGGAGAACAUCCUGCUCAAGGACACGAGCGAGGACGCCGAGAUCAAGAUCACCGACUUCGGCCUCUCCAAGAUCUUCAGCAGCGACCUCGAGGGCGAAGUCACCAUGAAGACGGCCUGCGGCACGCCGGGAUACGUCGCGCCCGAGGUGCUGAUGCACGACGUCUACUCGUCGCAGGUCGACCUGUGGUCGGUGGGCGUGAUCGUAUACAUCCUGCUCUGCGGCUUCCCGCCCUUUUACGGAGACAACGACAACCAGAUGUUCCGCAAGAUCAAGGCGGGGCAGUACAAGUUCCUCUCUCCGUACUGGGACCCGAUCUCGGCCGACGCAAAGGAGUUUGUCUCCAAGCUGCUGACGGUGGACUGGCAGAAGCGGAUGGAUGCGCAGCAGGCGCUCGACCACCGCUGGCUCAAGGAUGGCAAGCAGGCCUCGACGCACAACCUCUUCGAAGGCAACGCGAUGGCGAUGAGCCGCAACACGCCGCCCAACCCUGACUCGCCCAAGGAGGUCGAGGCGGAGCCAAUGGAGGGGGAGGGCGCGGGGAUGAAGGACAUCUUUGCCGACUACCAGCUCGACCGGCAGCUCGACCGCGCCACCUCAAACAUCAACCGGCUGCGCGAGACCUUUGGCUUGCCGUCCGACUCGGAGAGGCUCGGCAAGUUCAAGUGCGCGUACAGCGGCCAGGCGCCUGCUCCGCCUCCCGCGGAGACUGCGGCUCCGUCCGCGGAGACUGCGGCUCCGCCCAGCCGCCGUGCGAUUUCCCUGACGCCCGCGCCCACUCGCUGCGCGCAGGCGGGCAUCUUGCAUGUGACGACCUACCACCUCUGCUUCCUCGGCGCGAAGGCGAGGAAAAUGACGAUUCCAUACGGCGACAUCACCACCGUCGGCAUGCAGGCGAAGAAGGGCGGGCUGAAGGCUCUCUUGCCCUUCGCGGCCCCAGCCAUCUCGCUCAACGUCGGACUGAAAAACAACGGGAGCGCCACCUUCACGGGCAUCGUGGAGAAGGACGCCUGCUUGAAAACGAUCGUCGCUGCGGCCAAGGAGCGGGGCGUGACGCUAGGCUGACGCCUCUCCGGCUAGACAAUUAUUGGCGAGCGCGCAGCGCUCUGCCCGCGCCGACAUGAGGGGCGAAAGGGGCUCGACGUCGAUGGACAUCGUCGGCUCCCCUGCACACGGGGCGGUGCGGGCACGCUUGGGUCGCCGCUGUGGAUUAAGUAAGGACAUGUCGUCGAGAGGCCGUGCCGCCCAUGUUGUAAAGCGUGAAAAAAAA